CCUGUUUCGUAGCUCGUUUCCCGUGCACUUUUUGAACCAUCAUGGUGGUUCACCUAAACGUGUCAAGUUUGAUUUCACUUGUGAAUAACUAGUCUCCGGAGCUUUUAAUGUUCCGUGCAGCCAACUCAAGGAGCCUCGGUCAAGUGGAAACCAGCUGGCACUUUUGCAGAACGAUGGACGAGCUGGUCCACGAUUUGGUGUCAGCGCUGGAGGAGAGCUCAGAGCAGGCUCGGGGAGGCUAUGCGGAGGCGGGGGACCACUCCCUUUCAGUGGGGUGCCUCCUGAAGCGGCAGGCACGCAAACGGCGGGGAAGGAAGAGGCGCUCGGACAAUGCUUGCCCCCCUUGGGAGCCCAGCCACUACCUGAGCGAGGGCUCGGAGUCCAGCCUGGAGGAGCAGCAUGGCAAGGAUUACCGGAGCGCGAGCCAUAGCAAAGACCACAGCGACUCGGACGACCAGCUGCUCGGGGCAAAGCGCCGCCUAACUUCUGUUCUGGAAGCGGGUCGGGCUAAGAGGCCCAUGUGGCACGAGGACCCUGUGGCGGAAGGCCUGGGCAGUCGGAGCCUGCGCAGGAGAAGGAAAGUAAAGCGCAUGGCGGUCGACCCUCCGGCGGAGGUCGCUAGCGUUAUGACACUGACCAAGCAGCAGGGCAGUGCCAGCCAGGAGCUGCCCCCACAGGAGGCCUCGACCAAGCCGCCUGAGCACGGCAAGAGCAAACUGAAAAAGAGAAAACUGACUGCCAGUAGGCACGGGCAAGAAGCGGCCGACGAGGGAGUGGUGGUGGAAAGUGAGGACACUGGCCGUGCAAACAAAGACAAAAUGGACUACGAGGAUCAAAAGGGCUCUGAUGAAGAGAUGAGUGACAGUGAAACUAGCAGCCUCAGCAACAGUAGCGACGGUGGCUUGUAUACCAAUGAUGAGGGGAGACAAGGUGACGAUGAGCAGAGUGACUGGUUCUAUGAGGGUGAACCUGGCGGGGCAUGUGGCAUUGCUGGGGUCAUCCCCUGGUGGGAGAAGGAGGACUCCUCAGACCUGGAGAGAGAGCUGUCUGACCCUGUCUUCAACAGCAUCCUCACCGGUUCCUUUCCCCUCAUGUCAAAAGAAGCCCGGGGAGGAUUUCAGGCAAGGCUGAAUCAUCUGCAUGGGGUGCCAUCUGGAAUGAACAGAGCAACAGUGCAGCAGUCUGCAGGAAAGAUUAGCACUCCUGGGCCAGGCUGUAAUGAGAGACUGGCUCGGUUCUCCCAGGAUCCCCAUCAUCACGAUUCUUGGUUCAGUCCUGGAGCUAGGAGGGAGCACAGUCAGCUUGUGUGGGAUGCACGAACAGACAGAGGGCACAGGAAAAACUGCUCAUUAAAAACUGCCAGCAGACAAACAAGCGUGCACUUAGGCUCGCUGUGCACAGGUGACAUCAAGCGUAGAAGAAAGGCCGCACCUAUGGGGGGACCAACAACAACAGGGUUUGUAGGUGAAAAUGCUCCACCAAUCUCAGAGAACAACGUGGGCAACCGGAUGCUACAGAGCAUGGGCUGGACUCCAGGCAUGGGGUUGGGCCCAGAUGGGAAAGGGAUCGCAGAGCCAAUCAGAGCGCUGCAGAGGCCGAAAGGGGCUGGACUUGGGUUUAACUGAGAAUCCUUGCUGUCUUGGCUAAAUGUCACUAUGGAUCAUAAAGAUCGGAUAAAACAGACUGCACUCUUACCACCCACCAUCACCUGUGUUGUGGAAACCAACAGCAACAGUCUUAGAUCAUGCUAAUCUAAGGAACUAAAACUAGAUAAUCCCUGAUUUGGGAAAUAUCAGUUCAUUGCAGAAGGUGAAUAUACUUGUGGUAUACCAUGGUUAAUUAGAAGUGAACUGUAACAAGGCAUCGGAAAAUUAUGGUAAAUCCUAGAGCAAUUAGGUCUGAUCAUAUUUGACACAGAAUGUAGAAAAUAGUGAUACAACAAAGAAAAUAGGUGGGAUAAGUAUUGGAGAGCCAUGAUAAUACUACAAAAACAUCACGAUUAACUUUCACAAGUGUGUGCACUUCAGGAUUGAAAUCCUCAAAGGAUGACUAGUGGACUGCCACAAAAGUUGAUUCAGCCUGUUGGAGCUUUGUACUGUACUUUACAAGAAUGGUAGUCAUAGCAGCUAAUUAAACACUCCAUAAUACAGUACUUCUGUAAGUGUACCUUGUUUCAAACUGAUGUUGGUUAACUUCAAUAUGCUGGCAGUUUAAUUGCACUAUAGUUGUAGAGGAAAAUGUUGAUUUCAUUAUAAAUUGGCAGAAUGAUUGUUUUUUUAUUACAUUUUGUAACCUGGAGUAAAUUACCUUCAGUAUAUAAAAAUAUACUAGCUGACAGUCCCUACUGUACCUGUUUACCCUCUUUUUAUAAUACUUUUCAUACAUUUUUUACUAUAAUUUGCUUUUAGAAAAUGGUACCCUUUUUACAAUUUUAACAUGCAAAUGUUAGUUUUCCAAAAGAACAGUAUAUUUGAAAGUCUUCAUUAUAUGACUCUGAAGUGUCACUUUUGCUGUUCACUCACAAGCAGACAGUAUAAACCUAAAUCAGAAGUUGGAUACUUAACGGCCAAAUGGCUGCCCUGUGGAGGAAGUUAUUUUUGCAAAUUAUUGUUUUUCAGUUUAAAGUUUUGAAAAAUUUGUUUUAAUUAUAAUGACUCUUGGGAUACAAUCAGGCAUCUUUUCUGCUCAGGCCUGUACUAUGGCGGUUAGACUGUAGUCUCUCAGUAUCAGUGUUUUUCAAACUCUUUUGAGACUGAUACAUGGGUGCUGAUCAUUCAAAGCCUCAGAUGUACAGUAAGUAAUGAUAUUCAGUUGUGUUCGGAGUUAGCUUUAAGACUUCAAUGUGUAGAAAGAAGAAAUGCCAGUGGAGAACAGGAACUGUUUAAGCCCUGUACCCGCUAGGUGCAUUGGGUGUUCCUGCCACACAUGAAGUUUACUGUCAUAACUAUUUUCUGUUAUCAUCCACACCAUAUGGCUUGCUCAGAGAGGGGCAGUUGCAGUUUACCUUAGUAAAAAUAUUUUCUCUUUGAAAGCAGGCAGAAAAAAGUGUGUUUUAAGGAAGUCCAGAUUGUUCUUCCAGCGCACAAAAACACAAAAAAAUAGAUGAAAAGAAAUAACCCUUGCGUAAUUUUAUAUCUCAUAUUUACAGUAUCAGCUAAUGUAGUCCUAAAACAUUGCUGUUCAGUGUGCUGCCUUGUUCCUUUUUAAAACUUAUAAUUAACCUUAAUUGUAUUUUGGUAGCACAAUACUUCUUCCUACACUACACAGUUGAGUAGUAUUUUUAUUUCAAAUUACAACAGGACAUAAUCAUCAGGUAAAGAAUUUCAAAAAGAUAUUUUCAAAACAUAUCAAAGACUGUGUAGGCUGUCUUACUAAUAGAAAAGUGGUGUGCUACUGGCUGACAGUUUCUGAUUCAUGCCAUUUGUGCUUCUUGACAGUUCUGACAUUUAAUUAAACAGACUUUGGAAGCUGCAAUAGAGUCAGUUACAAAUGGUUUAGUUAUAUCAGUUUAAGUGUGCAUCUACUUAAACUGGAACUUUGACAGGAAAAUGUGGCUUGAACAUUGCUGCUUCCAACCUGCUGUAUAUGCACCACACAAUGAAAACACCAAAAACAAGUAUAAUCCAGAGUAUAAUAUGGCCCCUGAAAUCCACAUCUUAAAAAGAGGUCUUCAGGUUUCUUAGUACAAAGUUCACUUUGACUAUACUACAUAGAAUGAGUCUAUCUUCUUCCAUAACAGUGGAAAUAUUAAAUUGGGCAUUAAAUAGACAAUUGGAUGUAAUAAUCCAUACCAUACUCUUUCUAUAUACUCUCAGGACACAGUAUGUCAUAUUUUUAGAGCAGAUUAUCAAACCUACAUAGAUUCUGGAAUUUUAUUUGUUUUAUUUUUUAACAUUGUAAUGUGCACUCUACUUUUUUUAGGUCUUGCUUGUUGGAUAAUAAAGGCCUUGUUAUUAAACAUAUUGUAACUGGAGACAACUUUGUAAUUGAACUUAAGAAAAUUUUAAGUAUUACCUUGUUACAACAUGUUUGACAGUGACACGACAACAGAAGAUUUCAUGUACAGUAUGCUUCUUCAGAAUUUGAAUGUUAGUGCACAUGUUGUUUGGAAAUUAAGGUUUUCCUGAAGGACUGUCUUGUGAAAUACUAGCAAUGUGUGUAAAACAAAUGUUGAAAGAAAAAUGCUUUGAUUUUCUUUAAAGGAACUGAUUAAAAGCAGCAGGCCCUUGGUUGGUGUGCUUCCUUGUGGAAAUCAGGUCUACUUUAUAACUGAAUAAAUCAUGAAGAAAAUA